AGAUUCGAAUGUUAGCAACUCUGGACUUGCGUUGCGUUUCAUCCCAUGAGAGAACAACAGUUACUGCUUGCCAAGCUCGUUGCUGAGGUUCCCUUUGCGCCGAAGAUUGUAAUUUCUAAAGGAACUGAACCGUAACUAGGCAAACAGUGGUUAUUGGAAAGGAUUCUGUUUCCCAAUUUCAAUUUGAGUUCGGAGAGGAGAUGGCAACAUCUUCUAGAGUCAAUGGAAUCGAGACUCAGGUCAGGGGCCUGAACAUAGUGAACAAAGAGAACGUUCCCGCAGGACAAUGGGUGCGAGGUGGAAAGAAUGUUGCACCACCUGCCAAGAAGCUGGAGCAUGCUCCCGGGCCAACAGAUGGCACUACCUCAUCAGUACCAACUUCAGCAGGUUGCUGUAGUGCUGGUACUACAACUGCUGCAACAGCAACUACAGCCACAGCUGCAUCGAGUGCACCUGCCGUCCCUAGUUCUUUCUCAGACUCAGCGGAUGCAGCAGACAAACGACGCCGCUGGCAGUUAAGUGACUUCGACAUUGGCAGACCCCUUGGAAAAGGAAAAUUCGGCAAUGUCUACUUGGCCAGAGAAAAGCAGACAAAAUUUAUCGUGGCACUAAAAGUGCUGUUCAAGUCUCAGCUGCAGCGGGCCUCGGUUGAGCACCAACUUCGCCGUGAAAUUGAGAUCCAGUCGCAUUUGCGGCAUCCCAAUAUUCUUCGUCUGUAUGGAUACUUUUACGACGACAAGCGUGUUUACUUGAUCCUCGAGUACGCUGCUAAGGGCGAGCUCUACAAGGAGCUGCAGAGAGCCGGGCGGUUUGAUGAGCCAACUGCAGCAACGUAUAUUGCUCAACUGGCUGAUGCCCUAAAUUACUGCCAUUCCAAAAAGGUCAUUCACAGAGAUAUCAAGCCGGAAAACCUGCUGCUAUCCAUCAAUAACAAGCUCAAGAUCGGUGACUUUGGUUGGUCUGUCCAUGCACCGUCUUCCAGACGGACAACAAUGUGCGGAACUCUUGAUUACUUGCCACCGGAGAUGAUCGAGGGACAUGAACACGAUGACAAGGUUGACUUGUGGAGUCUCGGGGUUCUGACCUACGAGUUCUUGGUUGGAAAGCCUCCGUUUGAGGCUGACGAUCAUAGUCAGACAUAUCGCCGCAUUACCAGGGUGGAUUUGCGUUUCCCAGAGUACAUCUCCAAUGAUGCCAAGGAUUUGAUCGCAAAGUUAUUGCGACAUAACCCGAAGAACCGCCUUCUUCUUGGGGAAGUACUCAGCCAUCCAUGGGUAAAGAAGAACGCAGAAGCCUCCACACUGGAGAAUAUCGGAAUGAAGUAAGAACGUAACAAGAGUGGAGGUGCCCUUCCCCUGUAGUCUAUUUUUCGACUGAGCCCUCGGUACUUGUUGAGGCAAGAGUUUGUGGUGCGCUCUCAUGCUCCCAUCGUCACUCAUGUUCUGCCAGUGAACUAAGAUCGUGAUACGGUGACUGGUGGUUCCACAGCUGCACCACACUCUGCCCGCAGGCCGUCUUUAUAACGUUAUUAUAUACUGUACACAUCCAAGCGACUUUCCAACAGUUGCGUUCAUUGCAACAUGCAACUGUGACAUUCCGAUUGCCUUCAUCGUUUGGUUUUUCUUUUGCAACACUAUGUGUUUAACCCAAUUUUGUCACUAGCUGUCACUAGCUGCUGUAGAAUACUUGUUACUUUGAUGGUCUUUUCUCUUCCUCUUUGUCCGGUGUAACGCAUCAGUAGUUCCUUCCUUUCCUUUGCUAGUGCCUGCUUUGUGAAGUUGUUCCCUCCGCCAAUUAGGUGGGGUGAGUUUCGUUUUGAGGUUUAUGUACAAGUUCUCCAGCCGAUGUGUGUGUGCGUGCGUGAUUUGUCGUGAGCAUUGCCAAGUCCUCAGCUCGCGACACAUUCCCAUAAUUAUGUUUCCUAUUGCAGUGAUACUUCUCUGGCAUAGCACAUGCUUCCGUAUGCUGAGCCCUUAUGCAUGUAUGCCGUGUGCUUAUCGUGCUUCUGUCAAUAUACUAAUUAACGCACCCUUUUCUUGGUGCCGUGUGUGUCCGCAAGCUCUGAAGUUGCUUUGAAUUUCGUUAGUCAUUGUGUAUCUGUGAUCUGAGUAAUCAUGUUAGUAUUUUUUUGAUACAGUCUACAUGCAUGUGUAAGUAAUCUGUGAAAGUCGACGCACUUUCUCCCACUCAUGAACUUCACUGCAUUAGCGGCGUAUGCCGGUACGAGUACUGUGCGCUGUUGAAAUAUGCACUUCGAAUCAAGUAAAUAAUGUCAAGAAACCACUCA